AUGGCGCUACUCAAGAUGAGCUCCAAGAGUACUCUGGUUGUUUUCACCGUCACAUGGCUGCUGAUGGCACUCCUUGCUACGGCUGUGUCGUCAGCUGGCAACCAGGAAGCGGAGAACCGAGAGGUCUGCGCCAAAGUGAAAGGCACCUGUACACAAAAGUAUAUUAUCCUCACCAUGCGCCACAGUGAAGGCGGGGCACAAAGGCCCACCCGCAGCUACUCAGUCCCAACCAGAGCUCAGAUGGAAAAUGCGGAAAAUCGAAAAUAG